AUGGAGCUCCAGCGCGCUGUCCUUCUGGCGGGUCUCCUGGUGGAAGUUGCUAGCAAAUCCUCAGAAAGUGUGGGCCAGCAGCCUGAAUGUUGUGUGGACUUGGUGGAUGUCAACGCCACCUGCCAGAGCACAAGCCCGUGUGGCCCAGGCUGCUACAGGCACCGGAACGAAGACGGCAGUAUCAGCUGCGUCCGAUGCAGAAAUGGCACCUACCACGGCUCCGAAUGCAGAGGCCCCGCUGGCUGGGGCACGCACUUCCCGGUGAACAGGAGCACAGGGACACCGGGGCGGCCUGAUUUCGGGGGCCCUCAAGUGGCAGCCUCUCUCUUCCUGGGGACAUUCUUCAUCAGCUCUGGCCUCAUCCUCUCCGUGGCUGGGUUCUUCUAUCUGAAGCGAACCAGUAAACUCCCCAAGGUCUUCUACGGAAGAAACAAAGCCCCUGCCCUGCAGCCUGGCGAAGCUGCUGCUAUGAUUCCCCCGCCACAGUCCUCAGUGCGGAAGCCGCGCUAUGUCAGACGCGAGCGGCCUUUGGACAGGGACACAGGCCCCACUGCCAUCUCCUCGGUGGAGGCCCGGGUCAGCAACGUCUGA